AGAAAAUGCGACAAAAUCCUCCCCACAUGCGGCCUCUGCGCCAGAAUGGCCCGGCCAUGCGAUUACACCAUCCUCGACACCAUCCCACAACAGCAACCGGCCCAAGCAUCAUCAGAGGAGCUCGCAACCCUCCAGGCCCGGCUGUGUGAGCUAGAGAAUCGUCUCAACAAUGCCUCUCAAUCUCAACAACCACCACCGCCACGACAACCAUCACCACCUAGCAUGCACAUCAACCCUGAAAUUCUCCCUCCUCUACCUCCCAAGCCACCCUCGCCCCUCUGGUCCCCUUCUGCUGUCCCCUCCCGCUUUCCCACCUCCUUAUUCCUCGACCUGGACGCCUUCAACUGGUCCACCACCCCCAUCCCCGCCCCCAAUAUGCCCAUCCCAAGUGAAGUCCUCGACAUCCUAUCCAGAGGCACAACAGUCCAAGACACCGCCACCGAAUACUUCCACGGCACCCACGCUUGGUUCCCCUUCAUCUCCAAAAAACGCAUGGAGCUCGGGCUGUCCCUCUGGGAAGCCGGUCCCGAACUUGCCUUCCUCUUUCUCGGCAUGAAACUGGUAAGCACCCCAGUCAACAACGGGGUGGAGCCAGCCGGCAACCCGCUGUAUACCGCAGCGAAAAGAUUCUGGGCUUCGCUCGAACAAGCCGGGAGCGUGAGCCUGCAGUUUGUCCAGGGGAUGGUGCUGGUGACGGUUUAUGAGAUGGGGCACGGGAUAUACCCCGCGGCGUGGAUCAGUGUAGGAGUGCUGGGGAGAUGGGUUGAGGUUUUAGGACUGCCGGGUUUUAGAAGAGGAGGGGUGGCGUUGGGGAGCGUGGUACGUCUUUUCAGCUGCUGUGAUGAUGACUCUGAAACCGAUGAGGAUGAUGCUGACAGUACCUUCAAAAAGACAACCUGGACUGAAUCCGAAGAACGCCGCCGUUUGUGGUGGGCAAUCUACAUUCUUGAUCGCUGCAUCUGCCUCGGCAACAAGAGAUGUUUCUGCCUUCCGGAGCCAGACGAGUCUUUUGUCCUGCCGGUAGAUGAUAAAGCUUUUGUUAGUCCCCCUUCCCACUUGCUACCAAGUCACUAA